CUUUUGAGGAAGCUUGUCAUCUCCUAAUGCGAUUUUUAUGAGAGAGCAAUAGGCGGGACUUCCUGUGGUCGACCCUCUGUUUAUUUUUUGCAGAGCCAAAUACCGUCCACUGAGGUCCCUCUUUCGUAAAAUAUCUUGCCAUCAUGCCAAACCUCUUAGUGAAUAGGAGCUGCUUCCUGAGUUGCUUAUUAGUUCUGUUAUGGCCAUCUAGCUCUCUGCAGGAGGAGCAAAGCAAGCUUCUACUGGUGUCCUUUGAUGGCUUCCGCUGGGAUUACGUGAAUCGAGUGCCCACACCCAAUUUUCGUGCCCUGAUGGAUGAGGGUGUGCAGGUCGAGCAAGUGGAGAACACAUACAUCACCAAGACCUACCCUAACCACUACACCUUAGUGACAGGAUUACACGCUGAAACCCAUGGUGUUGUUGCUAACGAAAUGUAUGACCCCAUUCGUAACCAGUCCUUUUCCAUGGAGGGGCCAGAAGUGUAUGAUUCGUGGUGGUGGGAGGAGGCUGUGCCGUUGUGGGUGACCAAUCAAAAGGCUGGGAGGAAGAGCGGGGCUGCCAUGUGGCCUGGAUCAGAUGUAGCAAUUGGUGGAACAUAUCCAACACAUUACUUGAUCUAUAAUGCAUCAGUGGCCUUUGAGACCCGAGUUGAGAAACUCAUUGACUGGUUCUUAGGGCCUGAAGCAAUCAAUUUUGGUGUCUUAUACUGGGAGGAGCCAGAUGAGAGUGGGCAUAAUUUGGGGCCAGAGAGCCCACUGAUGGAUGUAGUCAUAGCAGAUAUUGAUGAGAAUUUAGGAUUCCUCAGGGAAAAGCUCAAAGCAGUUGGCCUUUAUGACAAAAUCAAUCUCAUUGUUACAAGUGAUCAUGGAAUGACACAGUUAUCACAUGAUAAGAUCAUUGAGCUGGACACAUAUGUCAGCCGUGAUCUUUAUACAUGGAUAGACAAGAGCCCUGUAGUUGGUAUUUUGCCCAAAGAAGGCAAACUUGAGGAGGUCUACAGCUUGUUGAAGAACGCAAACCCUAACAUGGUUGUGUACAAAAAGGAGGAGAUACCAGAGCAUUACCACUACAGACACAAUGUCAGAAUAAUGCCUCUUAUUCUAGAGGUCAAAGAGGGAUGGACAGUCAUGCAAAACAGAAAUGGAUCCUUCAUGUUCGGAAACCAUGGUUAUAACAACAGCCUUCCCAGCAUGCAGCCUGUGUUUGUUGCACGUGGACCAGCUUUCCGUCGUGACUAUACCAAGGCCACCAUGCGCUCUGUCGACCUCUAUCCUCUCAUGUGCAACAUACUUGGUCUCAGGCCCUUGGCCAACAAUGGUUCUUUGGCAAGUGUGCAGGAUCUCUUAGUGGAGACUUCAACCCCAAAGCCAGUGGUCCCACCAGUGCCCAAGGAGCCUUCCUAUGCAUGGGCAGUGGGGACCAUCCUUGGUGCAUCCCUUGUGAUUGGUUUCCUAUUCAUUUUUGUGCAACAGGUGACACAAAGGCAGCUACCCCCUUUCCAUCUCUCCAAUAGUGAGAUAACACAGCCCUUACUGUAGGAUCAGUUAACACCUAUGAUGAAGAUUCAGCCUUUCUUAUUCAAACAUGAAGGUUGUGGUCACUUUUUUCAUGUGAGGUUUUCAAAGCAUAUAGCACUGACCUGUUUCACUAAAUUCUGAUAGUACUUGGCAGGUAAGAUUUUAAGGAGUCAGCAUGGUCACUUUAAUGAAAAAAGUGAUCAAUAUCCACGGUACCAUGCCAAAGCCGAAUAUACCAAAAGCAAUAUAGGAAAAGAUGCUACAGUUGGACAGAUGUAUUGCCAUCAUCAAAAUCUUAGCUGACUUAGCCAAUAGUGCCCUCUUCUGGUGAAGCUGUCCGUGAAAACUUUUAUUCUUGUCACCUAUAAUGUAGGAAUCAAAGAAAAAAGAUGUUAGCAUCCCCAUGCUUUUCCUUUAAAUUUCAAUCUGAUAAUUAAUUGACAAGAGAGACAUCUGCCCUUGUCUCUGCAUUAAACUGAAUGUUUAACAAGGAAGUUUAAGGAUGAAAAUAUCAAGGAACGUUAGUAGCAGUCGGUUUUCGAAUGUGUUGCUUGUUCUCAUACUCAUCGUUUUCUUUGAAUAGUUAAAUGCUGUUGUUUGGUUUAAGUUGGCAGGUUAAUGUUACUAAGUGUUAAUGAAAAAAAAAAAACAGGUAGUUUUCAUGCUACCUCUGUGUUGCACUAAGAUAAAUGUAAGUUCAGGAGAGAUGAAAUAUUAGAGUAGUAAGAUGUUUUGCACAAUGUAAUACCAUUCAGAAUUGAUAUUAAAAAAAAAAAGAGGGGGUUGGGUGUGAUGCCAAAAUCUUCAUUUAUCUAUUAAUUUUGAAAUAAAUCAAGUAGUAAUAGUAUAGGUCCUGCAUUAAUGUAUUUUAUACUUUUUGGAAAACUCAUUUAACAAAAGGCCCUUUGUAGGGCAAAAAACACUGUGAUCUGUCUUCUACUGGUGAAAAGACUAAAGGAAAAAUUAUUAUUUAUGCUCUUUGAUAUAAAUGUUGCUGAAAUAGUUUGUUGUUGCUUGCAGAAUGAUAGGAUUCUUUCUAUAAUCAAAGGGAUAGUUCACCCCAAAAUGAAAAUUCUCUCAUCACCCUCAUGCCAUCCCAGAUGUGUAUGACUUUCCUUCUUCUGCUGAACACAAACAGAUAUUUUUAGAAGAAUAUCUCAGCUCUGUAGGUCCAUACAAUGCAAGUGAAUGGUGACCAGAACUUUGAAGGUCCAAAAAGCACAUAAAUGCAGCAGAAAAGUAAUCCAUAAGACUCAAGUGGUUAAAUCCAUGUCUUCAGAAGUGAUAUGAUAAGUGUGGGUGAGAAAUGGAUCACUAUUUAAGUCCUUUUUACUAUAAACCUCCACUUUCAAAUUCUGAAAGUGAAAAUGAAAGUAGAGAUAUAUAGUAAAAAGGGAUUGAUAUAUUGAUCUGUUUCUCACCCAUAGUGAUUGCAUCAUUUCAGAAGAUAUAUAUUAAACCAAAAGAGUUGUAUGGAUUACUUUUAUGCUGCAUGUAUAUGCUUUUUGGAGCUUCAAAGUUCUAGUCACCAUUCACUUGCAUUGCAUGGACCGACAGAGCUGAAAUAUUCUUCUAAAAAUCUUUGUACACAGCAGAACAAAACAGUCAUACACAUCUGGGAUGGCAUGAAGGCGAGUAAAUGAUGAGAGAUUAUCAUUUUUGGGCGAACUAUCCCUUUAAGACGGAAAUGAUGACUUUCUAUAUUGACAUGUUUUCUGAGAUUGUUGUGCUUUGUGUCAAGUAUUUCUAUGAUUUUACUGGAUUAGUCUUACAUGUUCUGAAUUUUACUGACUAAUGUCUGAUUUUUCUCUGUCUAAAAGUCUCAUAACUGAAACAUUACUUUCAAUGUAUGUGCUACAUUAAAGGUAAAUAAAUAGCUGGUUUGGAAAA